AUGACACACAUCAUUGCCUCUGAACCAAAAGCAUGGGGGGUUUUGUCCAUGGAUAUCCUUUUAGAGAUAGUUAAAGAACUAAAUCCAAUCGAUCGGGGUGCGGUAGGCCGAGUCUGUCACUCAUGGCGAAAGGCUUGUCGGGAUUCAUCAGUCUGGAGAAUGGUCGAUCUCCGGUCUCUACGGUCCAACCUUGUCUGGGUAGACACAAAUCUUAGGCUGUCACAAGCACUGAGGAGUAUGGAGAUUUAUGGUCAUGUAAACAUCCGGUGCAUUAUACUUCAUCCCCACCUGCACGUCAAGGAUGAACACUUCAACCUCAUUGCUCGAGGAUGCCCUCGUCUUAAAAGGCUGGUCGUGCCACGUUGGGAAGUCAUCAGCAAGAAUGGAAUGUGCAAUGCCAUGAAGAACUGCAGAGAUUUGGAGUCGUUGACCAUGCCUGGGAACGCUUGUUCGCUACGUAUGAUGAAGACGAUGAGUGUGUCCUGCAAGAGCUUCUCUGAGUUGAAGGUCAUAGGCUGCUUUCCCAGGAGAUUUGGCAUGACAGUUGCAUUGUAUCUACCCGGCUUGAAGGUCUUGAGCUUGCGGUGUUGCAGGACGUCCAUGGUAGCAAUCGAGAUGAUUCUGGGAAGCAUGGACCAUCUUGAAGUGCUUAAUCUGUCGCAUGCGCUGGUGCAACUCGAGGUGGGAUCGGAAGUCAUGCCACUAGCGAAAGGGUUUGAGGAGAUGGCAGGCAAAUUUGUGCUCGAAAAGGCUUCUUCCAUGUUGAGUAGCUUCUGGUACUGUGAGAACUAUGUAUCGUGUGGUGGCUGCAGGAGGAUGAUGGAUCGUCGCCUGAGGCACGAGAAUGGAUUCUGGUGGCACGAUGAGGUGGUCUCUCUAGACUUGGGCAAAGAGGCUCAUGAUGAUGAUGAUGACGCUGAUGAUGUUGAAGAAGAAGAAGAAGAAGAAGAAGAAGAUGAUGAUGAUGAUGAUGAUGAUGAUGGUGAUGAUAUACAACAAGAUGACCAUGACGACGACGAUGAUUAUUAUUUUGAUUAUGAUGAUAAAGAUUAUUACUAUUAUGAUUAUGAUGAUGAUGAUAAUACUUGUGAUGUUACUACGGCGAGCAACAACGAGACUUUAUUUCCUUUUGCCAACAACUCUUUUGAUGCACGAAGAAGAAGAAGAAGAGAUUUCAUUUGCCAGUACCUACCAUGA